GGUGCGUCCGGAUUCUUCUGUCAGGUGAUCUCAUGUUUUCUAAAAGGAUUUAAGACAUGAGAGCUUCUCGGAGCUUUCAGAGAUCAGCUGUGACCGAACAUCCACCUCAGAGCUUUCUAAUCGUCAAACACAAAAGGCGCCAUCAUGACUUCUAAAAUGGUUGUUCGGCAACCUCAGCCUAUGAUGUAUACCCAAGAGUCUGAUGAGUGGUCAAGUGGGAUCUGUGACUGCUGUCAAGAUGUGCCAGGGUGCUGUUGUGCUUUCUGGUGCUUGCCCUGCUUUGCCUGCAUAACUUCAAGAGAUUAUGGUGAGCCUCUCUGUCUCCCCCUGCUGGAGAUUUUCAGUGGUUUUAUCCCGGGAAUCACCAUGUCCAUGAGGGUCAACAUGCGACAGCGCUAUCGCAUCAGGGGCACCAUGUGUCGGGAUUGUGUGCUUUCGACUUUCUGUUGCGCCUGCAGCUGGUGUCAGAUGUCCAGAGAAAUGAAGAGUAGGAAUGUUUCAGUUGUUAUGGUCGGUGCCAAAAACACAUAACCUCUUCGCUCUUCAUCAUCACCACCUGGGCUGCUGGUUACUUAAUACAACACCAUCUGCGUGGGAUGUCAGUAACAUUUUACACCGAUGACUUCUUUGAGGAAGAGUAGUGUUCACGUCACUGACAGAAACGUGUCUGUAAAUAUGACUUUAUUAAAGGGAGACGGGAUCGUGGCUUGCUGACUAAAACAUUAUAGAACUCUCUUAAUAAAUUUUAAAAAUAUAUAAUGACCUUUGUCUUGAAUUUUAAUCGUAAUUUUUCUUUGUGAGUUUGCUUACAUACACAACACUAAUGGUUGCAUUUAACAAGUCACAAUCUACGUUCACAAUAAGCACUGGGAUUCAAAAAUUUGUAUAAAAAACUGAAGAAUGUAUUUUUUUUAUCCUGCUUGCAAUUAAAUAAACAAAUAGCACAGAAAUAAAAAGAGA